AUGAGGAGGAGCUCAGGUGGGACCAGGGAGAGAAGAGGGACAGGAGAGAUCAAGAAGCUCAAGAAGGAGGAGCAGCGGCACAUGAAGAUCAUCGACGAGACCAUGGCGCAGCUGCAGGACCUCAAGAACCAGCACCUGGCCAAGAAGUCGGAGGUGAACGACAAGAACCACGAGAUGGACGAGAUCCGCAAGAAGCUGGGCGGGGCCAACAAGGAGAUGACCCACCUGCAGAAGGAGGUGACGGCCAUCGAGACCAAGCUGGAGCAGAAGCGCAGCGACCGCCACAACCUGCUGCAGGCCUGCAAGAUGCAGGACAUCCGGCUGCCGCUGGCCCGGGGCUCCAUGGACGACAUCAGCCAGGAGGAGGUGACACCUGCCACACCCCCUUGUCACCCCCGG